AUGCGUCCGUGGGUCUUGGUAACCGCUUUCGGUGUCAGUUUAUCGUCCCCAUCGUGGCACGCUCAAGUCGAAGCUGCGCCAUGUGAUGAAAUUUGCUACACGACCGAGUUGACGGGUUUUGGACCAGGAGGUGCUGCUGGAUGUGCUUGCAGUGGCUCUCGGGCAACGCGGUCGGGAUCUGGAGGCUGCAGCUGUGGCCAGUGCUACCAGGAGACGGGUGGGGCGAUCGUUGGCUAUGCUAUUGGCAGUGAUGGCACGUGUGCGUAUGGCACGAACUGUGGGGACUGCACCCGCACGCCGGAGGCAUCUAGUGCUGGUACAAAAGUGCCGCCUUUGGAUGUUGAAACUCCCAGUGUGACGACAUCACCGGCGCCGUCAGAGCCGGCGACGAUGGAGCCGUCAAGCUCGCCUCCUGCUUCCACGCUUCCUCCAGCUCCUACUGCUGCUGCUGCUACGACAGACGCACCUACUACUGCGUCUCCUGUCCCUACUCCAGGUCCUCCAUUGAACUCGGCACCUGGAACUUUGUCGGACUCGGGAACGUCGUCAACCUCGGGAACGUCGUCAAACUCGGCAUCUGGAACGUCGUCGUCGUCUGGAAAUGACUCGUCACCUGUAGAGGGAAACAAUGCUCCGCCUGCAACUGCCACAUCUGGCAGCUCGGCCUCUAGUUUGGACGACGCCGGCAAGACAGCUGGUAGCUUCGAUCCCAGUGCCACAUCCAGCGACAACAGUCUUGAGACGUGGCAGAUCGCGCUGAUCAUUUGCUGUGGCGUGCUGGUCUUCACAGUGGCCGUUGUGUCGGUGCUUUCGUGCUACUGCAAAGCACGGAACCGGUUGAACGAAAACGAGGACGAUCGAGCUGAUGCCAGCUACUACCAGCAGCAGCAGCACCCCCGUCAGCGCGAUGACACUGUUGGAUUGGGCGGUAUUGCCACGCCUUCUCGGUUUUCGCAAAGACCGACAAGUUCUCAUCGUCACGUGCGGUCUGGCAGCUCGGGGAGCUUGGUAAACGAAACGAAGCUCAUGUACGCAAAUUCAGCCAACAGUGGAAGCUCCGAUAUGUUGGGGACGGGACUUGCGCCCGUUCACAUGCGCACUAGCUCCGGUGAUCAAUUUGGAUCCGUUGGUGGCUAUUUGACGGACAACCAACCGAACGCAAGUAAUGUAUCGGUAGGGCGUCAACAGGACUGCAGCUCAGCACGUGACCGGAGGUUGCACGCACUGGAACUAUAG